AUGAUCGUCAUGAUGAUGUUGGUAUUUGUGAGUACAGUUGAUGCUGCUGCUGCUUCAAAUGUUCCAUCACAAGUUCACUUGGCAUUGACAAGAAAUAGUAGAGAAAUGAUUGUUUCAUUCCAUACUGAAGGUUAUGAUAAGGAUGUUUUGGGAAAGGCUCAAGUAAUGUAUAGUACGAAUGAAAAUUUCCAAGAUUAUCAAGUAGCUCAUCUUGGAAGUGUCAGUACAACUUAUGGAGAAUCUGCCAAGACUGGUUAUGAACAUCAUGUCUUGUUGGUUGAUUUGGAAUACUCGACCAAGUAUUAUUACAAGUGUGGAUUUACCAAAUCUACCGAUAUUCAAUCUGAAGUUUAUUAUUUCCACACAAGAACUGAUCCAAAACAAUCUGAAAGUAAGCAAGUGUCAGUAUUAAUGUAUGGAGAUCAAGGAACAACCAACAGUGCAUAUGUCAUUGCUAGAAGCAAGCAUUUUGUUAAUUCAUUCUAUGACAAAUCUGAUAGCAAACACAAGAACAUGUUUGUUUAUCAUUUGGGAGAUAUUGGUUACGCUAACGACUUUGCAGGAGCUCAAUAUCAAUUUAUUUGGACCAAGUACAUGAAAAUGUUGUCUGAUUUCAUGCCAUAUGCUCCAUAUAUGGUUUGUGUUGGUAAUCAUGAAAAGGGACCAAAGAAUCAUCCAUAUGAUGAAUUUGAAAUUCCAUUCAAAGCUUACAAUUCUCGUUUUUACAUGCCAGGUAGAAAUGAAUCUGCAAUUGGACAUAAUAUGUGGCACGUUUUCGAAUAUGGUCCAAUUACAUUUGUUGCUGUUGAUACUGAAACUAAUUUCCCAGGAGCUCACUUUGGAAAGUAUGAUGAUCAUUUCCAUGGAGAGCAAUUAAAGUGGUUGGAUGAAACAUUAUCACAAGUUGAUAGAAAGAAGACCCCAUGGUUGGUAGUUGUGGGCCAUCGACCAAUUUACAGCUCAACUAAAGAAUUCUCAAAUGAACAUGGUGAUCCAAUUGGAGAUUCCAAAGUUUUACAAGAUGCUUUUGAGGAAGUUAUGUACAAGUACAAGACUGAUAUUUUCAUGGUUGGUCACGUUCAUAGUUAUGAAAGAACAUAUCCAGUUUAUAAAACCAAAGUGGAAACCAAAUCAAAUUAUCAUAAUUUGAGAUCACCUAUUCAUAUUGUCAAUGGUGGUGGAGGAAACAUUGAAGGACAAACUAAGGCUGAAUCAUUCCAUAAUCAUGAUUGGAGUGCUGACAUUUUCUAUAAGGAUGAAGGAUAUGGUAUUUUACAUACCAAUUAUGAUGAAAAGACCAAGGUUUACUCCCUAAAGUUCAAUUAUCAUGAAUCCAAGACUGGAUCUGUAAUAAACGGAGACAAGAUUCUUGUCCUUGAUGAACAAUUAAUUGGACCUCUUGGAUUAGUUGCCCCUCUGGCACUUUUAAAAGAACUUGGAGUUAAAAAACUAUUUAAAUUGAAUGAUAGAACAUUUGAUACCAAUUUUGCAAAUAUUGUCUAUAUUGUGAGACCAAAGAUGCACUUGAUGAAGUGGGUUGCUAAUCAAGUAUCCUACUGGGUCAAACAAAAAGAAGAUUUAGAUCGAAUGAUGUCGGAAAAGCUGAAGGAAAAGAAGAACACAAAAAACAAAAAGCAACAACCUGAAGAAACCAAUGAAGAAACAUAUACACCACCAACCAAUUUCCACCUCUAUUUAUUACCUAAAACAUCAUUAAUUUGUGUUGAUAUCUUGAAGGAUUUGGGUGUUUAUCCACAUUUAAGAAUUUCCGAAUAUCCUUUGGAUUUAAUUGUCUUUGAUAAUUAUUUAAUGUCUUUGGAACUUCCUUCAUCAUUCAAGGAAUGCGAAUUGGAUGGUGAUUUUUCAUCACUGUAUUAUGUAGCACGAUCUAUUAUGAAGUUACAAUCCUAUUUUGGUUUGAUACCAAAUGUUAAAUUUAUUGGAUCGGGUGCAACACAUGUCUCUGAAAUGAUCAUGAGAAUGAGAAAGGAAGUUGGUUCACAAGCUUUUGCUUCUGUUCCAGAAAUUAACACAUUAAUUUUGAUUGAUAGAAAUGUAGAUUUAAUUACUCCAAUGUUAAAUCAAUUUACUUAUGAAGGAAUGAUUGAUGAACUUUUGGGAGGUAUUACAAAUACCUUGUUUACAACUCAACGUGUACCUGAAGCUGCUACUAUUGCUAAAAAGAUUGCCCUCAAUUCUUCUGAUAAUGUUUUUAAUCGUUUGAGACAUCUCAAUCACAAUAGAGCUGGUAUUGCAAUCAAUGAAAUGGCUAUUGAAUUUAAAUCCAGAGAAGAUAAGGCAAGAGAAAUCAAAACAUCAGAUUCUAAAGUUUCCAUUGAAAAGAUCAAGGAAGUUACUAAAAUGUUACCACAAAUUCAAGAAGACAAAAAGUAUUUGGAACUUCACACCAAAAUGAUGCUUGAAAUUAGAUCAAUUAUUGGAAAGGUUCCUUUCAGAAGAUUAAUUCAAACACAGAAGAAUGUUCUUGAUGGUGAGGAUGAAAAGGAAAUUAUCGAAUAUAUUGAAGAAACAAUUGACAAGCAAUUACCACUUACCAACGUUCUGCGUGUCAUUUGUCUCUAUUCACUAAUUAAUGGAGGUAUUAAGAAUAAGGUUUUUGAAAAAUUGAGAAGAGAAAUUAUACAAAGUUAUGGACUUCAAGCAUUGCCAACUCUCAACAAUUUGGAAAAGAUUGGCAUGCUCAGAAAGCAAGACUCCAAGUCUGUCAGUAAUUGGAAUUUACUGAAAAAGACAUUUAAUCUUGUAGAUGAAGCUGCAAUGGAAAGAACCAACGAGGAAGAUGGUCAAUAUGAUCCUCACUUGGUUUACAAUGUCUAUUGUCCAAUAACUGUUGCUCUUGUCGAACAUGCCAUGACUGAAGAAAAGGGAUGGAGAAGAGUUGAACCUGUUUUGAGUAAGCUUGCUCCAGGCCUUUAUGGAGAAUUAUCUCAAACAGGUUCCCAAGAUACUCAACUCGGAAAGAAGGUUGUCUUGGUUUACUUUAUUGGAGGUGUUACUUUUGCUGAAAUCAGUGCCAUUACCUACUUGAAUGAAAGAAGUAACGAUUGUGAAUACAUUAUAGCAACAACCAAGCUCACUAAUGGAUCCACAUUUUUGGAAAAUCUUGUUGAGGAAAUUCCUGAAGAUAGACAAUCAUUCAAAAAGAAAGCAAGCAGCGAUUCCUAUGCCCUUUUCUACGAAGAGCCACCAAAGGAAGGUGCUGAUGCUUCAUCAUCUUCUGGAACAGCCAAAAACGGUCAACAAGAUGUGUAAAUUAUAUUAAAUAAUACAACCACCACAAUUAAUUCC